UUUUUGUCUCUUAUGUUGGAAAACACAAGUGAGCUUUGGAGUCACAGCUAGUGUAUCUUGGUUUUAGCUUGGCCACAUGACUGCAUACAUCUAAGUAUCCUAAGCCCAAGUUUAUUCCAUAGACCUGAGAAUGGAAGGGGUUCCUUUUCAGCAGCUGGGAUACUGGCUUCCAGUCAGGUCUCCUCCUCUUUCUUUCCACACCCCUGCUAGUUGACCGUUUCCCUGUCCUCACGGCCAGGCCUUGUCCUGGUUCAGCUCCCUUCUCUCUCCGCUGGAUGUGCCUUUUCGGGAACCUCAUUGACACUUGCGCUAGCACGUGGCUAAGAAUGUGUUUGUGCAUGCCUGUGUUUGUGUCCCUUGUCAUCGUUUUCCCCUCCCCCUCCACACUUCCUCACCUGCUCCUGAAGUACCUCAUUGGGACAGGUGGAGUCAACACCGUGAGUAGCCAACCUGGACCUGAGUCAGCACAGAAGAGACCUCAAGUUCUUUUCAUCUUUUUGACUCCAACCAUGUCCACGAUGCCCACCCUGUGAAGGUCUCUUACCAGCUAAAAACGAGAUGUCCCUGCUCUUCUCUCGAUGCAACUCCAUCGUCACCGUCAAGAAGGAUAAGCGACACAUGGCUGAGGUGAAUGCUUCCCCACUCAAGCACUUCGUCACUGCCAAGAAAAAGAUCAAUGGCAUUUUUGAGCAGCUGGGGGCCUACAUCCAAGAGAGUGCCAGCUUCCUUGAAGACACCCACAGGAAUGCAGAACUGGACCCAGUCACUACAGAAGAGCAGGUCCUGGACGUCAAAGGGUACCUGUCCAAAGUCAGGGGAAUCAGCGAGGUACUGGCCAGGCGGCACAUGAAGGUGGCUUUUUUUGGCCGGACGAGCAAUGGGAAGAGCACCGUGAUCAACGCCAUGCUCUGGGACAAAGUUCUGCCGUCUGGAAUUGGCCACACCACCAAUUGCUUCCUGCGGGUGGAGGGCACAGAUGGCCAUGAGGCCUUCCUCCUCACUGAGGGCUCGGAAGAGAAGAAGAGCGUCAAGACAGUGAACCAGCUGGCCCAUGCUCUCCACCAGGACGAGCAGCUGCAUGCAGGCAGCCUGGUGAGUGUGAUGUGGCCCAACUCCAAGUGCCCACUUCUGAAGGACGACCUCGUGCUGAUGGACAGCCCUGGGAUCGAUGUCACCACUGAGCUGGACAGCUGGAUUGAUAAAUUUUGCCUGGAUGCCGAUGUCUUUGUGCUGGUGGCCAACUCAGAGUCCACACUGAUGCAGACGGAGAAGCAGUUCUUCCACAAAGUGAGCGAGCGUCUCUCCCGGCCCAACAUCUUCAUCCUGAACAACCGCUGGGACGCGUCUGCCUCGGAGCCUGAGUACAUGGAGGAGGUGCGGCGGCAGCACAUGGAACGCUGCACCAGCUUUCUGGUGGACGAGCUGGGCGUGGUGGAUCGAGCUCAGGCCGGGGACAGGAUCUUCUUCGUGUCUGCCAAGGAAGUGCUCAGUGCCAGGGUCCAGAAAGCCCAGGGCAUGCCAGAAGGAGGGGGCGCCCUUGCAGAAGGAUUUCAAGUGAGGAUGUUUGAGUUUCAGAAUUUUGAGAGGCGAUUUGAGGAGUGCAUUUCCCAGUCUGCAGUGAAGACCAAAUUUGAGCAGCACACAGUCCGGGCCAAGCAGAUCGCAGAGGCUGUUCGUCUCAUCAUGGACUCCCUGCACAUUGCGGCUCAGGAGCAGCGGGUUUACUGUCUGGAGAUGCGGGAAGAGCGGCAAGACCGGCUGAGAUUUAUUGACAAGCAGCUGGAGCUCCUGGCUCAAGACUAUAAGCUGAGAAUUAAGCAGAUUACAGAGGAAGUGGAAAGGCAGGUGUCCACAGCCAUGGCCGAAGAGAUCAGACGCCUCUCUGUGCUGGUUGAUGAGUACCAGAUGGACUUCCACCCAUCCCCAGUCGUCCUCAAGGUUUAUAAGAAUGAACUGCAUCGCCAUAUAGAGGAAGGCCUGGGCCGGAACAUGUCUGACCGCUGCUCCACUGCCAUCUCCAGUUCCCUGCAGACUAUGCAGCAGGACAUGAUAGAUGGCUUGAAGCCCCUGCUUCCUGUGUCUGUGCGGAGUCAGAUAGACAUGCUGGUCCCUCGCCAGUGCUUCUCCCUCAGCUAUGACCUGAACUGUGACAAGCUGUGCGCUGACUUUCAGGAGGACAUUGAGUUCCACUUCUCCCUUGGAUGGACCAUGCUGGUGAACAGGUUCCUGGGCCCCAAGAACAGCCGCCGGGCCUUGAUGGGCUACAGUGAUCAGGUCCAGCGUCCUAUCCCUCUGACACCUGCCAACCCCAGUAUGCCCCCCUUGCCGCAGGGCUCCCUCACGCAGGAGGAGCUUAUGGUCUCCAUGGUUACCGGCCUGGCCUCUCUGACGUCCAGGACCUCCAUGGGCAUUCUCGUGGUCGGAGGAGUGGUGUGGAAGGCAGUGGGCUGGAGACUCAUCGCCCUCUCCUUUGGACUGUAUGGCCUCCUGUACGUCUACGAGCGGCUGACCUGGACCACCAGAGCUAAGGAGAGGGCCUUCAAGCGCCAGUUUGUGGAAUAUGCCAGUGAGAAGUUGCAGCUCAUUAUCAGUUAUACUGGCUCUAACUGCAGCCACCAAGUCCAGCAGGAACUGUCUGGGACAUUUGCUCAUCUGUGCCAGCAAGUUGACAUCACCCGAGAUAAUCUGGAGCAGGAAAUUGCUGCCAUGAACAAGAAAGUUGAGGCUCUGGAAUCACUUCAGAGCAAAGCCAAAUUGCUCAGGAAUAAAGCUGGCUGGUUGGACAGUGAACUCAACAUGUUCACACACCAGUACCUGCAGCCCAGCAGAUAGUGGGCAGCUGGGGCAGGCCUGCACUGAGAAGAGGCAGGGCCGCGCCUCCCCUCAGCUCCAGUCCUUGGCCACUGCAGAGAGAAGGAAAGCACCCACCGUCCUGUACUGUUUGGAGUCCUUCAGCACCAGUUACUCCUACCCUGCAGGAAGACCCUGGCUCCUACCCUAAAGGAGACUGACAAGGAUUGACGGCUCGGCACCAAGGAGUCAUGCAUGUCCGUGUCUGCUCAUCAUGUUCACUUGGUUGAAAUUCACUGUGCAUUUGAUAAGGUCUUCCUAAGGGUAGCACCCUGCAGAAUGACUGAGGGGAACCCUCACAGGCAUCAGGCAGACACUCCCACCUUCUCCAGCCCGAGCACACCUACCGAGAAAGACAAUGUUGGGAUGACUGGACUCCCCGGAAGAUUUCAGGGUAGUUCUGGAAGGGCCAGGUUUGUCCUAGGACUUGUAGCUUGUGUUUGGCCCUCAGCUUUAGCGCUUUUCCCCACUUGCAGAGUCUUUCGGUUGUGCUUGGCGGCCAGGCUCAACACACCCUGGGCUUUAGACUCAGGCAGCUCGUAUGGGAAGCUGGGGACCUCUGCCAGCCAGAGCCGAGGGAGAGCUCAGGAGAAGGCAUGUGGAUUAGGGUAUCAGAUGUGGUAGUGCUGUUGGUCUCGGACAUCAUGGUGAGAUGGGACUUGCCUCCCUUCUUGCCAUUGUGGCCCUUGAUCUUAUUUCAGCUCUUGGCCUGUUAGUCCUGGUUUAUUAGUGAGAGCUAGUUGGUCCAGGUGGUUAAAGGAUGUAGCAGGAGGGAUGGUGGAGGAUGGGAGCUGCCUGGGAUGUCUGGAGGAGGUAGGUACAGAAGAGAGCCCUCCGUCUGAGGGGCACACAAGCCUGUGAGCUCACCUCCCUAACUGCAGCUCCUCCCACCCUGCUGCAAGCUCCCUGCGGCCACCGUCCUCUAGACUGAACCCUGUGCCAGUGAUUGCAGCUGGCCGCACAACAGCAUGAGAAGCCUGGCAGCCAUUUUCCCACUGCCCUGACCCUCAAACCUCCUCUUCUGCUCCUGAAACCUGCUGCUGCUUGCUUAGUCUCCUGUCGACUCUGAACUUCCACUGCUGAAUGUUGAAAUUGUUACUGGUCACAGUGGGGAAGAGUCCAGUCACCGAGGUUGGCUGUCUUAGAAAAGCAGUUUCGGGGUGAUGAAGCCUUUGUAGACCAGAUAGAGAGUGUCUUAGAGACAAACCAUGGGGCUCCAGCCCCUCCCAGAACCCGUAGCCAGGAGCUCCCGUGGGGACAAGGUCCUGCUGGUUGAGUGCCCGUGGCCAUGUCCUUCCUCUCCUGCCCAUGUCUGUGCUCACUUGCCCCUCAGUCUACCCUGUCUGCUGGGACGGUGAUGGUGUUGGUCAAGGUCAGCCUGUAAUGGGAAGAAGUUGUGAGUGUAUUGCCAGCCUGGACAGAUGGGAUCACCUCACAGUGGGUUAGGACAAAUCAGUGUCACAUCCCAACGAAUGUUGUAUUCUCUUUGGGGAAAAAAAUAGAAUAAACUCUCUUUCAGUAUAGCCCCUGAGUAAUGAAUGAAAUUUGGAGCUUGUAUAAGUAAAAAUUCCAUUUGUACCGCCAGGGAGAGCCUGUACCUGAGACGUUUAGCGGAGCACUUUCGUUUCUUGCUGCUAAGUGUUGUGUGAUCUUGGCUGGGGCACGAAAGGCUCCUGACACAGUGAGUUUGCUUCUGGUAUAUUUAAGGUGAUGCAGCUGUCUGAGUUACCUGUAUCUCUGCUGUUGUAUUGGAAACUAAAAUAAAGCCCCAGUUGUGACCCUG